CCCUCUCGUUUCAAGUGAAUAAAAAUGAACAUCAAAUUGUUACCAACAAUUAUAGCAGUUGUUCUCAACUUAAAAGUGUUUCAGGCAGCUGAGACUCCCUGCACUUUAAACGCGUGUGACGUCUUCGACAUGUUCACAAGAGGCAGUCGAACUAUCGACUCCCCUCCUCCAGUAGGAUCCUGCAAUCUGGACUUGCACUGGCGACAACUGGAUCGACGAUUACGGGCCAUUGAACAACCAACUUGGACUAUAAGCUUCGGCCAAUCUCGGUGGAGGCAAUGUGCGAAAAGUGCUUGUCGAUGCGAUUCUGCGCGACGGUCACUUAAUUGCUGGAGGGCAGGUUUCACAACGCUCACGCCAGAUCUGAUUGUUCCCGCUGACUUAGUUAAUAUUGACUUGGGCACUAAUAAACUGCGGACUUUGCACAAGACGACGUUUAAAGGAAUGCGGUCGCUCGCUGAACUAGACAUGUUCGACAACCAUGUGGAGUACCUGCCAGCUGGGAUAUUCGAUUCACUUGUCAAUCUGAGGAUCUUGAGGCUUCAAAGAAAUUACCUGGAAGAAAUUGAUAGUCAAGCAUUCAGAUCAACAAAGAAACUGUUCCACGUGGACCUCUCAAACAACUUUUUAUACUCUUUGCCAGAGAAAAUGUUCGCGAAUAAUUCAUUUUUAGAAACCAUCGAUAUUUCUAACAAUCACAUUGUGUAUAUGCCUUCAGACAGUUUCGUAGGUCUCGAUUCUCUACAAAUAUUAGAUUUGUCCAAAAAUAAAAUUCAACGAAUCGAAAACGGAACUUUUUCAUUGAAAACACUUCAGAUAUUAAAACUGUCGGACAAUAAAAUAUGUAAUAUAAGUGAAAAUGCCUUUGAGAGCCUCCAAGCUUUGGAAACUUUACUGUUGGAGCGAAAUAAGUUACAAAGCAUUCCUACUCGUCUGUUUCACAACGUGGAUUGUUUAACCUUCUUAGAUUUAUCCAGCAACAACUUAAUGAGUCUAACAGGUGUGGAAUUUGAAAAUCUCAAGCUUUUACGAACAUUGGAUUUGAAGGACAACGCUUUAACGGAACUUCCAGAUUACACAUUUUCCAAUAACACCAACCUGGAAAAAUUGGACUUGUCGAAGAAUAAAUUGAGAUUUUUAAACGUCACCACUUUCCUCGGGUUGGAAAAUCUCACCUCGCUCUUGUUGUCUGAAAAUAAGUUGUUCGAAGUUCACUUCAAAACGUUCUCGACGCUAAAAAAUCUCACUACCCUGCAUUUAGAUAACAACAUGUUCCCUUCACUGCCGUCGCGUACGUUGGACUACAUGCCCAAACUUGCGAUCGUAAAGCUAUCCGGUAACCCGUGGCACUGCGACUGCCAUGCAUUGUAUAUUUCAGCCUGGGUACGUUUAAAUGAGAUGAAAAUAUGGGACUACUCUCCGACCUGCGUGUCACCCUGGUACCUUGAGGGACAUUUUCUCAAAAAGCUAAAGUUCCCUGAACUUUGUGCUGGACAGUGGGCGAGUAUGGUGAAUCUAUCACCUCGGCUGCCGAUACAACAUCUGCUAGCAUUGAAUGUGUCAGUGAAUAGGAAACCUCAAGAUAGCAUGGAACAAAACCAUGACGUCACCACGAUUGAUACUUGGCACUAAACUCACUACAUCAUAUUUUACACGCAAAAUCUUUUUAUUGUACAUACGUACUCUUAUUUCUCUGAAUUGUCUUUUAAGGAUUCUCUGGUACCUAUUCUACAAGAAAGUAUUGUAUUUUUAAA